AUGGUUUUAGUAUGUACAAUUACAUUAACUAAAUUGGGAGUCAUUGAUUGAGAAAUUCAUAAUAUAUGGAAACAAGUUGUGGGAUUUUAAGCGAAGUCAAUAGCAUAUUAGUAUUUAUAUUUGGCCACAAUUUAUCAAUUUCAAAUCUCAAUUAAAUCUUGAUAACCUGGUACUAACAACUUACUUUAGUCAUUUGUUGGUAGAUUAUUAGAAAGAAAUUCAAUUUACGUUGCUACUAUCUUUGGUGGUGCUUUUGCAUUUCAAGGUUUUUUUGAUAGUGCUAUAAAUAGCUGGUGGGAAAAUCAUAACAGAGCAAAAUUAUGGUCAACCGUUAAGAAAAACUUAAAUGGUGGUGACGAAGACGAAGAUGAUGACGAAUAG